GUUUUUAGCUUAGAGAUAAUGUUCAUCAUAGCGUGUGCCAAAGUCACUAGGGUAGUGUUUACAGCAUGUGCAAAAAUAACUACGGUAGUGGUUAUGGCUUACGCCAAAACUACUACGGUAAUCUUUAUUGCAGGGUAGUGCUCUGAGCGUGUUACACCAGCCUAGAUUCUAGUGAGAAGUGAAUGUCAUUCCCUGCCUGAGACUGGAAUUUGCAGCUUGAAAUAAGAAAUACACCAUGUCCCCUUGAUGAAACAUUGCCAUUUGGUACACUGAUCAUAACUGACGAGAAAAGGACUGAAGAAAAUAUGUCCUGGAAACUGACGCCUGAUUUAUGACAAAAGCCACACAGUCUUCUUUUUAGGCUUUAAAUACAGAAUAUAUACUUAAAAAGCAAAUUUGUUCUUUCGCGGCUGGCAGUUGGCUAUAGUCUGAGAAGCUAUCAAAAUGUUGGAAGCGAGUGAAAGUGAAAGCGAACCACUUCUGAAACCCAAGAAGUGGAGCACACUGACCAUCAGCGAUGACGAGUUUGCCAAAGAUGCAAGACAAAGGACCAAAGUGAAUGUCAAAUAUGAGCCGAAGCUUAGUACAUUCAGCCCCCAGAAGCUGGCCAUCAUCAUGUGUGUGCUCCUGGUGGAGAUGUGUGAGCGCAUGGCCUACUACGGGGUCAUAGCCAACCUGGUGCUGUACUGUACCAGCGUGCUCGACUAUACCAGCAACACCGCCACCACCAUCAGUCUUGUCUUCUCAGGAACUGUCUACUUCAUUCCGAUUAUUGGCGGCUACAUCGCUGAUGCUUGGUCCAGCAGGUUCAAUGUGAUAUUCGGGUCUGGCCUUAUAUACUUUUGUGGCCUAUUCUCGCUUCUGAGUUCAUCAAUUGAGUACAGCAGUGUGUUUGAUGAUCCUGACAAUGAAAUGCAAACAGAAGGCCGUCGCACUUUCUACAUCUUGGGUCUAGUUCUUGUGGCCAUAGGCACAGGGGGCAUCAAGGCCAAUGUAGGACCUUUUGGUGCUCAGCAGGUGCAGGACCUGGGGGCGGAUGCUGUGCAGAUCUACUUCAACUGGUUUUACUUUUUCGUCAACGCUGGGGGACUGGUGGCCUUCACUGCCAUAGCCUAUGUCCAACAGAACAUCAGUUUUGCCUGGGGCUUCCUCAUCCCCAUACUGUCCAUGUUUUUGGCUCUGAUCUUGCUGAAUGUGGCUCGACAGAAGUACAUCUACAAGGAGGGAGAGGGAAGUGUUUUAGGGUCAGUGUUCCGGAUCUGUGGUCAAGGUAUUUGCCGCCAGUCUCCGUUCAUCGAUGGUAAAAGACGAAUGUUUGACUCGGCCCGUCGAGAGUACGGCGGCGGCUUCGACAGUUUCACCGUUGAUGGUGUGAUUGCUAUACUGAGAAUGUUACCAGUUUUCUUCUUUGUCAUUAUGUUCUGGGCUAUUUACUCUCAGAUGCAGUCCACAUAUUUUCUUCAAGGAGAGAGAAUGGAUUUGAGUCUGGGCAGUGUUCUCAUCCCUGUGGCUUUCCUCAAUGCCUUUAACACAGUAGCUGUGUUAAUCAUAAUCCCUGUCUUAGACAGGCUGGUCUACCCCUGCUUCAAACGUUUGGGACGGCCACUCUCUUACUUACAGAGAAUUGGUUUUGGCUUUCUCCUGUCUGCUUCCUCGGUCUUCCUUGCAGGAGGUGUGGAGAUUGAGAGAAAGAAACAUCUCGGUUUCCACCAGGUGGUCGGGAAGGAAUCUUUCUAUGCAGCCAAUGUGUCCGUGUUUAUACAGGCCCCACAAUUUUUUCUGGUUGGGGCCGGGGAGGCUUUUACCAGUAUAGCUGGUUAUGAGUUUGCCUACACCCAAGCUCCCAAAACCCUCCAGGGAGCCAUUAUGGGUGUGUUCCUGGCCACCAAUGGUCUGGGAAGUUACUUAAGCACAGCCAUCUUGGCAAUCGUUGAGGCUGUGACAAAAGAUGAUCCUUGGUUCCCUGACGAUAUCAACAAGGGGAAAGCAGAGUAUGUCUUCUUUCUCUUCGGUGGCCUCAUGAUCUUGUUCUUCCUGGGCUACAUCCCGAUUGCCCGCUGGUACAAGUACCAGGAGUACCUCACGGAUGAAGAGGUCAAGGCCAAAGCCAAGGCCAGGGGGCCAGACAACGAACAAUUGGAUCAACAGGAGUAUGAGCACAGCAACACGUUCUUCUGAGAUAUUUUUGUCUUGCCGGUCACCUUUUUGUGGUGCGUUUCUUAGGAAUGCUACUUACUGGCCGAGUGCCAUGGUUUCGAGCUUGGCCAAGACACAGAAAACCCAAAUAAUGAAAAUUGUACUGAUGUGGGCUUAAAACUUUUUAAAUUAAUCAAUAUACGGGAAUGUGUGAUUUGGACCUGAUUGAACAUGUUCUUUUGAGAUAUUUUUGUCUAGUAGGUCUCUUUAUCAUGGUGGGUUUCUUGGCAAUGUUACUGGUCCUUUGCUAUUGUUUUGUUUCCAACAUGAGCAACACACAGAACCCCAAUAACUCAUCAAUUGCCAAUACUGAUAUCGGUAGGCCAAGACAUAUGAGAAAUACAGAACCAGCACCCAUGUCAGUUUCAAUUUCUUACUUGUGUUUACACUAUUUACCAACCUGGGAUCAGUCUUGGCAUUUACGGAAAAGGAAGGCAUGUUAUGCAAUGUCUGUUUAGACCAGUAGCUGCAUCCUUUGACCCUUUAGUGUAGCUUUCGUGGGCAUUUCAUUUUUUUGGAUGAGGUGAGUGACAACGGGUAUUUUUUAGAUCCAGCAUAGCAUUUUUAAAAUUUUAGGUUGAACUUGCACAUUGUCCAAGCUCUAAGUGAAUUACCAUUCCGUUUUUAUGGAUUCUGAUACUGAACAAGGCUUACCAGAUAGUUACAAAAGUGGCUUGGAAAACUUAGAUCUCAAUUUUUCUGUUAAAAAAGGCAAAAAAGAUUUCAAUUUGAGUUGCAUCGUGCACUUGCUCAACCAGUGGCCUGUUGGCCUCUCAUUGGUAGGAAAUAUGUUUUAGAAUAGUCUUUAUUGGUAUGGGGUAUGGAUUUUGAAGUCAGUUUGGCAGUCACCUUUUGUUCAAAUCCACAUUCAAUACUUAUUGAAAGGUGGCUUGAGCGACUGUCCAAAAAUAUUUUUAAAAUAAACACAUCUCAUUAUGUUAACACUGUUCACCUUCACCUAUACAAGCCCAGACAUACACCUUAACACACACACACAUGCACACACAAAUUUUUAAACUAUAAUUUUCCAUAAUAAUAAUAUUACUAGAGACUAGCUCCAAUCAAUCAUAUGCUUUAUUCCAAGAAAAAUGUAAUAUUCUUCUUCUUUUUCCUUCUUUGUCUUUGUACGUUCUGAUAUUUGGUCAAAAUACCUGAAAUUGACCCUAAAUCUACAUGAAAUGAGAAAAUUCUAGGUAGGCAGCCCUGUUGUUCAUGCCGUUUUUUAACUGGGUUUUUUUUUUUUUUGGAAAAGGAUGUUGUUCUUGUUCAUCCCCAAGUCUUUCUGUUUCACCUGUUGUAUUCGUAGAAACAGAAAAGAAGUUGAAAUGACUUUCUCUUGUUCAUGUUUUUUUAUCACUCUUUGUGUUUGGCUGCAAGAAGAGACUUAAACAACACGCUACUUAUACUUGCUUUGUUUCUCAGCAUUUUGAAAUAUGCAAUAUGAUUCCAUUUCAUUAUUCUGUUGUGUGUAUACUUGAUAAUUAUUCUUUAUGAGUUGUGAUUGUUGUGGUGUGAAGUGUUGCAAUUUCCAUUGUUUCAUAUUAAUCUGCUAGUCAAUUUGAUUGCAUAUUCUCGUAUUUGUUCUUACUGGUAUCUGUGGUAGAAUGGCUAGCCCUUUGCUGUUGUUAGAGUAAGAUGUGAGUUGGUUUCUUGCCUUUUAAAGUAAUCUUUAUCAAAUAUCUCUGUCUUUCAGCUCGGAUAGGCUACUUGACACAUAAUCAUGAAGUAACAGGUUUGGGGGGGGGGGGGUCGCCACUCAGCUCAGUCCGACCGUUUGUACUUGGGAAAGUCACUUUAUUUGAAUUUUCCUCGCUUCAUCUAGGUGUGAAUGAGUACCUGGUCAUAGACAGUGAAAAGUCUUUUCAUUAGGUUAGUGUUUGAGCUCCCGUAAAAAGCAGCUUUCACUAUAUCGCGACCUCAGUGCUUUCUUGUCGUAUCUCCAUUUUUUUAAACGAUGAAAACAGUUUAUAACAAAGAGUGAGCUUAAGAAGAAGUCACAUUUUCAAUGUUUUAAAAAAAAUGGAGAAACUACGAAAAAGCAAAGGUCGUGAUAUGCAUCCCAGAGAGCAGAGAAUGUUUCUGAGUUAUGUAUUGUCUGCUGAGGUAAUACUUACUUUUUACUUUAUUCUUCGGCUUGUA